AGAGCGCGCUGGGUGAGCGCGAGCGACGGUUAGCGAAGCGCUAGUCCUCCACCAAGCGAAGCUAGCAUCGUCGGGAGCGCGCAGCACUCGGCGUGGGCGUCGAGAAGGCACGGUUCUCGCACAGGGCGGGAAACGAGCGACGUGGAUCUUUCCCUCUCCACGAACGAGCGCCGUAGCCGUAGGCGACGGGCGCGAAGGGGCGGACGCUCUGAGCGAGUUCGCGUAACAGGGUUAGCGCCGACGCGCGCUCAGAUAUGAUCGGAGGCACCAUGACCACCCCCGCGGCGCGCGUCGCGCCCGCGGGACCUUCCACGGCGGAGGCGUCGCGCACAGCUGGCGCGGUCGCCGCGCGGUACGGGGAGACAAUGCGAGGGGGCACGCGUCUGCGCACCCCGCGCGCGGCGCGAAGGGCGCCCGCGCGCCUCGCGGCGGUGAGCCAGGCGGCCGGUAACGACGGCGAGCAGCCUAAGCACGUGUGGCUGGGAUGGACCCCGCCCGCGGCUCCCCGACGCGAGCAUCCCCCGAGGAGCGCCCCGUUCACCAACGCGGCGGCAUCCUCCGCGCCCCCGUCGGGAUACCCCGCCACCCGGGAUGCCCAGUCCGGCGCGCCCGGCACCGCGCGCCUGACGCAGACGCUCAGACAGCUCGGGGGUAAGGUUCGCGGGGGUGUCGCGGCGCCUAGGGUGCCGGUGCUCCACCCGAAGGAGGGCAAGAGCGUGUUCGAGCGGAGCGGGGGGUUCGUGUACAUCCGCAACUUCUUCAGCCCGCGCGAUUACCAGCUGCUGCUAGACGAGUGCGAGCUGCUUCGCAAGGAUAUCGGCGCGGAGCGCAGGGCGUGUGCGCGCCAGAGGCUGGGAACCAUGGUUGCGCCGGAUCACCUCGUGCACAGGGCGUUCAUGAACCAGAGGGUCGCCGAGCGCAUCUCCGGUCUGGUGGGCCAGAAGGUUCUCCCGGCGGAUGUCCCGGUUGAGUACCGGGUGUACCCCGUGGGCUCCAGCAUGGAAUGGCACCAGGACGUGGCGCUGUACACCGAGCCGCAGUACGAGCUGGUGUUCACGCUGGAGAACACGAGCGACUCGCAGACGCAGUGGCAGGACGCGGACGGUCACCGCCGCGGGGGAUGGACCGAGCCCAACUCGAUCAUCAUGGUUCGCGCCGAGAGCGUGGUGCACCGGGUGACGCCAAUCAACAGCGGCGAGCGGAGCAUCAUCAAGUUCGUGUACACGACGACGCUGGACAAGACGGAGGAGUACUACGACAACCUGCUGACGUACUCGUGACGGAGGGGCGGGAAUACUAGUGAGAACGACGGGAUUAGAGACGUGCUUUGCUUGACGGCUUAGGCUUGAAUUGAAAUGGACCGAAAACGGUGAAAUUUU